AUGCUGAAUGUGCUGCUGCUGCUGGGGGGCCUGGCCCCCGCCCUGCCCGCCGGUCCCCACUGGGAAUAUGAGGGCCCCCACGGGCAGCAGCACUGGCCCGAGGGGCACCCGGCGUGUGGGGGCCGGGCACAGUCGCCCAUCGACAUCGCCACGGGACGGGCACGGCCGGACCCGGCGCUGCCGCCGCUGCAGCCCCAGGGCUACGACCACCCCGAGACCCCCCGGUUCACCCUCGCCAACAACGGCCACACCGCCGUGCUGGCACUGCCGCCCUCCCUGAGGCUCCAGGGGCUCCCCGGGGCCUUCGCUGCCGCCCAGCUCCACUUCCACUGGGGCCGGCCUGGCCACGCCGCCGGUGCUGAGCACCUGCUGGAUGGGCACCGGGCACCUGCUGAGAUGCACGUGGUGCACUUCGAUGCCGACCGUUUCUCUGACGCGGGAGAGGCUCAGCACCACGUGGGCGGGCUGGCCGUGCUGGGCAUCCUGCUGGAGGUGGGCACCGACCCCCACCCCACCUACGACAACAUCCUGAGGCACCUUGGGAGCAUCCGCUAUGCAGGACAGUCCACGUCCAUCCCCUCCUUCAGCGUCCUGGACCUGCUGCCCCCGCGCCUCGACCGCUACUACCGGUACAACGGGUCCCUGACCACCCCCCCCUGCUUCCAGAGCGUCCUCUGGACCCUCUUCCCGGAGCCUGUCCACAUCAGCCAGGACCAGCUGGAGCAGCUCCAGGGAAGCCUUUACUCCACGGAGGAGGCCGAGGCCGAGCCGCAGCUCCUGGUGGACAAUUUCCGGGCCCCGCAGGAGCUGAACCAGCGGAUGGUGCUGGUGUCCUUCCCCAGGGAGCCCGAGGGAUAUUCCACAGGUGAAGUCAUCGCCAUCAUCUUCGGCGCCGUCGCCGGCUGCGUCAUCCUCUUCCUCGCCGUGCACUUCGGGGCCAAGCGGAUGCGCGCGAGGCGGGCGCAGGCACAGGACGUCGUGUUCAAGGCCUCCUCCCGCUGCUCCCCCGGGGACAGCGGCAUCUCCCGCUGACCCCCCCGCAAGGACCCCCCUGAGAGACCCCCCCGCCGCCCCCCAGCCCUCCUAAAGACCCGGUGGGGUCUCAAAUAAAGCCCCUUUUCCCCCCCAUUCCAGUGCUGGUGACUCUUUGUGGGGCGGGAAUGGGACCUUCAAGGGGCUU